AAAAAAGAGGCAUGCAGAUCUGUCCAAACCUUGCAGCUGAUUGACACUCACAGCCCACAGACUCACACCCGCAGUGUGUAAUUACAGCAUGAGGGAGGGGGCGCAGUGAUGGCUGGUAAUCACCAUGUACGCGGGGAUAAAGUGUGCGGAAUAAGGCGCAGACGCACCCAGCUCUGGAUCUGCAUAUUGAUGAGCACUGAGGUGAUUUUUCCCCCCGUUAGAGGACGUUUGGUGCCUGCACAAUGGUUUCCUAAAAAAAAACAAGCACGCACUGAGCCACGAGGUUCUGUCCGUGGUGCUGAUGCUGCUGUUGUCUUUGGCUGACUGCAUCUCCUGCACACAACGUGCCCAGAAAAAAAGGUUUAUUCUAGACAUCGGCAUGCGCCAGGGAUGAAGGAAGACGAGGAUGAGGAGGAGGAGGAUGAUGAGGAGGAGGGGGGUAGCUCCAAGACUUUAUGUGGCAGCGGCAGUCACAAGGUUUGGGAUUGCUGCCCGCUGAAAAAAAAAAAAAAAAAGAGACACAAGAGAAGCACGUGUAGUGGGUGGUCCACAGCAGACGACUUUCACGUGGCUAUAGCGAGCGCCGAGCCCGAGCCGAGCCUCCACAACGUUUAGUCCGGUGCGGCAACAGCAGGAGACAACAUCAGCAUGGCUGCGGAGAUGGAGCCCUCGGAUGUGAUCCGUCUGAUCAUGCAGUACCUCAAGGAAAACAACCUGUACCGAACGCUGACCACCUUACAGGAGGAAACCACCGUGUCACUCAACACAGUGGAGAGCAUCGACAGUUUCAUUGCAGAUAUAAAAAGCGGCCACUGGGACUCCGUCCUGCUGGCUAUCGAGUCCCUCAAGUUGCCCGACAACACACUUAUCGAUCUGUAUGAGCAGGUUGUGAUGGAGCUCAUUGAAAUGAGGGAGGUGGGAGCAGCUCGCUCACUCCUCAGGCAAACCGACCCCAUGAUCAUGUUGAAGCAGACACAGCCGGAGAGGUACACCCAUUUGGAAAACCUGCUGACAUGCUCCUACUUUGACCCCCGUGAGGCGUACCCCAGAGGCAGCAGCAAGGAGAAGCGGCGCAGGGCGAUCGCAGAGGCGCUGGUCAGGGAGGUCAGUGUGGUGCCUCCUUCUCGCCUCAUGGGGCUCCUGGAACAAGUCGGCUCUAUGAGACUACAGCAGUAUCCAGAUAAUCUCUCCCCCGACAUGAACAUCGACACGUCUGGCAACAAGGACAGACCGGUGGAGAAAGAAAGCUUUCCAACCCAGCUGUACCGCCACAUCAAGUUUGGACGACGGUCGCAUGUGGAGUGUGCCCGUUUCUCACCUGAUGGCAAGUACCUAAUGACCGGUUCGGUCGACGGGUUCAUUGAGGUCUGGAACUUUAACACUGGAAAAAUUAGUAAGGAUUUAAAGUAUCAAGCCCAAGAUAGCUUCAUGAUGAUGGAUGAUGCUGUGCUGUGUAUGUGCUUCAGUCAGGAUACAGAUCUACUGGCAACUGGAGCCCAGAAUGGAAAAAUAAAGGUGUGGAAGAUCCAGAGUGGUUUGUGCCUGCGCAGGUUUGAGCAUGCUCACAACAAAGGUGUGACCUGUCUGAGCUUCUCUAAGGACAACAACCAGAUCCUCAGUGCCUCCUUUAACCACACAAUCAGAAUCCAUGAAUUGAGGUCAGGCAAGACACUAAGGGAGUUAAACGGCCAUUCAUCAUUCGUAAACGACGCGUCUUUCACUCAAGAUGGAUUCCACAUCCUCAGUGCCUCAUCUGAUGGUACUGUUAAGAUUUGGAAUACAAAAUCCUGCGAAUGCAUCCACACUUUCAAAUCUCUAUCCCGGACAUCGGAAGUCCCCGUCAACAAUGUGAUUCCUCUACCCCAGAAUCCAGAGCACUUUGUGGUUUGUAACCACUCCAACACGGUGGUCGUCAUGAACAUGCAGGGUCAGACCGUGAAGACUUUCAGCUCAGAUAGAAAGGAAGGAGCCAGCUUUGUGUGUUGCACCCUGUCACCCCGCGGGGAGUGGAUUUACUGUGUGGGAGAAGACUUAGUGCUGUACUGCUUCAACUAUACGACGGGGAGGCUGCAGAAAACGCUGACCGUUCACGAGAAAGACGUAAUUGGCAUCGCUCACCACCCACAUGAGAAUCUGAUUGCCACAUACAGUGAGGAUGGCCUCCUAAGGCUAUGGAAACCUUAAUCUGUCGCUCGUCUGCAUCGUAAUAUGGAGGACCCAGAGAGUCUUAUGCAUGGUUUUAAAAAAGAUACAUUCAUUUCUAUGUUAAACACAGUCGCUUAAUGAAACAAAAUGGAUUAAUUCAUCAGACGAGGUCAUAUCACAUGAUCUUCUUUAGCACAUUUGUGUUUGUUGAGCACUUUAAGGACUUCUUGUCAGUGAUGGCUAAAAAUUAAAUCACGUUUUGACCCAGAAACCAGCAGUUUAGAAACAAAAUCAAUCCUAAUUCUAGUUACUAAAUGAACUAUGUGGUGAAAAUGUUUCCUAAACUGCAGUUUCCAAGGUCAAAAAUCAACUUGGCAUCAGCAUCAGUUCAAGAACCUCAGAAAAUAACUGAUCUCUUUAAACAAACUGUGGCCAUUUCUGCCAUAUUAGUUUGAAAACACGUUCAGGUAAUGAGCCCAUGCAAGCGUUUGUUAUAUGGGUAAGUAGCAAAAUAAAUCAUUUUUACAUUUGGAAACUGGAAAA